AUUUCUGGUGUAAGCUAUUUGAUUGCACAUCAUGUCUUCUAUAAGUCAUCCGCAACAUAAGUGUAAUCACGAAGAGAACAGAUUUAAAGUGUGCGCGCCUUGUGGGAGAAAGAUUAAAUUCGGAUCGUCAAAACCUUCAGAAUUUAAUAUAACCGGAAAAUUGGCAUUUGUGGUACAUGUCGUAGGGUUCUCUGUGACCGAGAUAUGGAUAUACCAAAUGCAACGCGGCCUCUUCCAAACAUGCCUAACUAUGAAGAUUCGACAAAAGAAACAAGAACAAGUUCAUGCUCUUGUUAUAUCUGGCUCACUGCUCGGGCAACCAGCCAUCCAAAAGUUAUACAAGGGAGAGCACAUACCUUAAAUGUAUUGAGUGAAAAAAACUCCACCAAUGGGUUGACUGCUUUGUCAGUUGGGUCAGAAUU